ACUAAAAACCAACCAGAAACCCUAGCUAUAUAUACAAAGGAUCGAGCGUUUACAUCCCGAGCAUCAUCCUCGCAAUUUCCAGCUCCAUUGCCUUCACAGAUCUAAAGCUGCCCAGAAAAAAAAGAAUAGAAAGGAGAAAGAGAUGAAGGUGGUAGCAGCUUAUUUGCUCGCUGUUUUGGGCGGCAACACCUGCCCCUCCGCUGAGCAUGUCUCCAAUAUCUUGAGCUCUGGUUGCCAUGGGAAUUGCCUGUUCCCCCAUCUGUAUUUGUUGCAUGGGUUGUGUCAUCUUUCCUUUUCUAACUGGGGGUUAUUGUGGGUGGUCAGUUGGAGCUGAAGCUGAUGAGGAUAAGAUUGAGCUCCUUUUGUCACAAGUCAAUGGCAAGGAUAUCACAGAGCUUAUUGCAGCUGGCCGUGAAAAGUUGGCAUCCGUACCUGCUGGUGGUGGUGGGGCUGUUGCAGUAGCAGCUGCUUCUGCUGGUGGUGGCGGUGCAGCUGCUGCUGCUCCAGCUGCAGAGUCCAAGAAAGAGGAGAAGGUGGAAGAGAAAGAGGAAUCUGAUGAGGAUAUGGGCUUCAGUCUCUUUGACUGAAGGGUUGCAGUGUUUAUGGAUUCUCUACAUUAGGGACAAAGCGGGAGGUUAUUCUUUUUUUCGUUUGGUUUUGGAGAGUAACUUUAGUUUUGGUUUUCUUAGUAGUUGGUGAAGUUACGACAAAGCUGAAAAUGCAACAGGACGCAAUUUUGGUCUAUUUUUCUGCUGUAGAAUUGGAAGCUCUUCUUUCUUAGGAUUGCUCUUUUACUCAUCCUUUUAUCAUUUCGUAUCUGGUAAUACAGUGGUUGAAGUAAAACCCAAUCAAUAGGCAAACUGUUUUGAAAGUGGGAUGCAUUCUUGCAAAAGUUUUUUCUGCAUUUUACCACCUCCCUGCUCUCCUUGGUUCUUUAACUGAUAGAAAUUUUGUGUAAUAUGAUAGCUAUUCGAGACGGGAAACCCGACUUUACAGUUCAUGGUGGUUUGUAGUAAGAAACAGAGAGAAGAAUACAAGCACAAUUUAUAAUUGAAUAUGC